UCAUGUUUUAGUUUUAGUCAUUGUUGUUAAAGAUGGCGACAACCGUAGUACCGAAGGACGUUAACACAUAUUUAAGCCAAAAUCAAAAUGUUGCUGACAAACAAUUGGCUACUGAAUGGGCGCAGCUCGAAGAACUAUAUAAUAAAAGGCUUUGGCAUCAGUUGACACUUAAAUUAGAAACAUUUGUGAAAAAUCCAGCUCUUCAAAAGGGAGAUAAUUUGAUACAGUUAUAUGUAAAUUUUUUAUCUACCUUCGAAAACAAGAUAAACCCAUUAUCUUUGGUAGAAAUACUGGCAUAUGUAAUACAACAAUUCCAAGACAAACAAGAAGCAAUCAAAUUUUUAGAAAAAACUGAGGCUAAGGUUAAAAGCAACAAUGAAGCUGUUGCUUUGUGCAAGGUUCUUACUGGUCAAAUUUUACUUGAGAAGUUAAAUAAUCAAGAACAAGCAAAAAAGAUUAUAGAAGAAGUUGAAGCUAUGUUAGAUAAUGCUGAUGGUGUUACUACAGUUCAUGGUAGAUUUUAUUUAUUAGCCAGUCGUCUAUAUCGUCUUCAAGGAAAACAUGCUGAAUACUACCGCACUGCUUUAAGAUAUUUAGGUUGUAUUGAUCUAAAUAGUUUAAGUAGACAGGAACAAGAGCAGCAUGCAUUUUUCCUUGGAUUAGCUGCUCUUUUAGGUGAAGGAGUAUAUAAUCUUGGGGAAUUAUUAGCUCAUCCAGUUUUACAAUCCUUGAAAGGUACACCAAAUUCUUGGUUAGUUGAUUUAUUACAAGCUUUCAAUGCUGGUGAUAUUGCCGCAUUAGAAAAAUUAAAACCACAAUGGAGCAAAGUUGCAGAUUUAGCUGCCCAAGAAUUAAAAUUAAGGCAAAAGAUUUCUCUAUUAUGCCUUAUGGAAAUGACCUUCAAACGACAAGCUAACAAUAGACAAUUAACAUUCGCGGAAAUUUCUCAAGAAACUCGUUUACCGCUUGGCGAAGUAGAAUUAUUAGUAAUGAAAGCUCUAGCACAAGGGUUGGUCCGUGGUGCUAUUGAUCAGGUGGCCGGAACGGUAAACAUGACAUGGGUACAACCUCGUGUAUUAGAUCGCACUCAAAUAGCUGGAAUGGUUCAACGACUCGAUGGAUGGUGCAAAGAUGUUAGUUCAAUGGAACGUCUGCUGGAAUCUCGAGCAUCCGAGAUCCUUACUCUUUAAUAUUAGAUUUUCUAAUUUUUCAUUGAUUCAUUUGUAAGUUAUAUUUCUAUAUUCUUAUUAACUCAUUGUCUUACUAUCAUUUAAAAAAUAAAAAAUGUACUUUGUACUUUGUUGCAAUUAAUAAAAUGAAUAUCAUUAUAAGUCAAUGGGUUAAUAUAACAGAGAGUAUGAAAUACAUUUUUUUAAACACAGAAUUACAAUAUGUAUUAUGUGCCAGCGAAUGUAAAAAAAAUUAUAAAUAUCUUUUAAAUUCAGUAUCCUUGAACAAAAGCAAUUUAACACGGUUUUAGUAUUUCCAUCCAAUAAUCACUUAAAUUUCUUAUGUUCAAAAACUUUGUACUUUACUCGAAAUAUUAAUAAUAAGAAGAACAUGUAUUAAUA